CAGCAAGCACUGGCUGCUCACCCAUGGAAGGUACAGGUUCUCACUUCUGAUCAUAGACCAUAGAUCUAGGCCUGAUGAGAGUCCAUUGCAUUUAACUUCGUGAUUUUUAAAGCCAAGAAAAAUGAGGCCUAGAGGAAUUGAGUGACUUGUCAGAGGUCAUGCAGCUAGCAAGUGUCAGAGGGUCCCUGAUGGGGAUAGGUGACAUCAUCUCUCAGCAGCUGAUAGAGAAACGGGGUUUAGAGAAGUACGAAGUCCACAGGACCCUGACUAUGGCUUUUAUAGGCUGCAGCUUUGUGGGCCCUGUGGUAGGUGGCUGGUACAGGGUUUUGGACCGACUGAUCCCUGGCAACGCCAGGAUGGAUGCACUGAAGAAGAUGGUGGUGGACCAGGGGGCCUUUGCCCCAUGUUUUUUGGGGUGCUUGCUCCCACUGAUUGGUACACUUGAUGGACUGUCAGCCGAGGACAACUGGGCCAGACUGCGACGGGAUUACUCUGAUGCCCUCAUCACCAACUACUAUAUCUGGCCUCCUGUGCAGUUGGCCAACUUCUACCUUAUUCCCCUUAUCUACAGGUUGGCUUUUGUCCAGUGCAUUUCUGUUGUCUGGAACACCUACCUAUCCUGGAAGUCACAUCGGUCCUGAGUUGUCCUCUCCUCAUGUCCCCCCAUGUUGGAGCUAUAUCUCUUGACCCUGGGAUGGGUUCAGAUGUCUUCAGAGCACUCCCAGACAGUUUUUGGGAUGCCAAGCCACUGGACAGAAAGGACUUCUGGGAUGGGACACUGAAAUGAAUCAACCCCUCCUGUGAAAUGUAAAUAGUAUAACCUUGCAGGUAGUUUUAGAAAAUGAAAACUGAUGUAUUUUGCUUCUCUUGUUA